AUAGUCACAUUGUGUGUUUUUCUCUCCAUUUCUCUGUUGUUGUUUAAUAUAUAUACACACGCAUGCUAAGUUUACAGUGCUGAGAUUUAGUGCAGUUGUAGUAAGUGUGUAAAAGGUGCGACAUAUCUGUGUGCCAGAGUGUUGUUGUUUUGUUCAGUGUAACAAAAAUCAUUAAGGAUAUACUACUCGCACGUGGGAUGACGUGCGAGUAGAUAUUCCGCCAAGUGGGUUCAAAGCUGUGGAAAAAAAAGCUGCUCGGCUCAGCAGCAGCCAAUAUUCCGGCGCUCACGAGGAGCGACCUGCCCGAGGCUAGCGGGGGUGACAGCUCAUCGUCCUCUCCGAAGCCCAAGAGCAACAAUACCAGCAGCAGCAUGUAUCCAAACGCAGCAGCUGUGGCCGCCGUUGCUGCCGCACGGCAUCCGGUGCCGCCGCAGUCUGGCCAACCAUUCAAAUUUACAAUCACGGAAUCCUGUGACAGGAUUAAGGAGGAGUUUAAUUUUUUACAAGCACAGUAUCACAGCGUGAAACUCGAGUGCGAGAAGGUGGCAGCGGAGAGGCAGGAGAUCCACAGGCAUUACGUUAUGUACUACGAAAUGUCGUAUGGCCUCAACGUCGAAAUGCACAAACAGACGGAAAUAGUCAAGAGGUUGAACGCCAUCAUUAUGCAAAUACUGCCCUUCCUAUCUUCGGACCACCAGCAGCAAGUCGCCACUGCCGUUGAUCGGGCGAAGCAGGUCACAAUGACAGAGCUCAACUCUAUUGUUGGGCAACAGCGACCCGACAUGUCGAGGAUAUUGCAGCAAAUGCAGAUGCAACAGUUACCCCCCGGCGCCACACUCGGUCCUCACCCAGGAUUGCCAGGAUUGCCAGGACUGGGACCUGCUGGUGGUUUACCAGUGCCCACCUCUACCUCGGCGGCUCUUCUCAGCUUGGGUUUGAACCCUGGAGCUCCACCUACACCUGGAAGUGCUAGCUCGCAUCCUCUUUCGAUGCUCAGCAAGCCUGAUAUACAUCGCAACAGUCAGCCUGACGAUGCCAAGAGUAAUGGAGGACUCAGUUCGGCGGAGGAGAGACACAGGAGCUCGAUAUCGCCAGGUGAAAAGUACAUCAGACCGCGCUCACCGCAGGAGUCGCAUCACGGACACCCCGCGCAGAAUCAUCAUGAUCACCCGAUUCACAUCAAGAAGCUCAAGAAGGAGCACGACAAGGAUCUCGGUCAUAGCGACGGUGAGAAAAGCGACCAAGACCUGGUGGUAGACGACGCGAGCGACUGCCCGAACAGUCCAGCGGUGAACGGCACCACGUCGCCGCGCGAGAACGGCAUCGACAAGCUCGGCGUGUCGAACCUGGGCAGCGGGGGCAGCAGCAACAGCGCGAGCAACGGCGCCAACGGCACGUCCAAGAAGGAACUGCCGCCGCACUCGCCUCGCAGCGGCACGAGCAGCAACGCCAGCACGCCCUCGGCGAAGAAGAUGGAGGAGCGCGAGAAGGCAACCACGCCGAUCUCCAAGCCCCUGACACCGACGUCGGCCCCACCCCUGAAGCCCUCGGUGUCGAGCAAAGCUCUGCAAGGAUUGCCGCCGCCGGCUGCUGCUUAUCCUGCCCAUUAUCCACCUGGUCCAACUCAUCAUCUGCCACCAGGAGCGCAACACCCAGCUCACGUCGAGCUGAUGGCUUACAAUGGGUACGCCGCGCCUAGGGUGCCGGCGAGUCUGCCCCAACAAUUAUACGACCCGCAUGGGGCCAUGAGGGUGCCGUCUGUUCCCGUAGGCACGGUACCCGGUGGGAAGCCAGCGUACAGCUUCCACGUGUCCAACGACAACGUCAUGGUUCCGGUGCCCUUCCCGCCCGACGCUUUGAGCGGCGUCGGCAUUCCGCGGCACGCGCGCCAAAUCAACACUCUGACUCACGGCGAGGUCGUCUGCGCGGUCACCAUCUCCAAUCCAACCAAGUACGUGUACACCGGUGGCAAGGGCUGCGUCAAAGUCUGGGACAUAAGCCAGGGCGGAAGUAGCAACUCGAAGCCGGUGUCGCAGCUCGACUGCCUGCAACGCGACAACUACAUCAGAUCGGUGAAGCUGUUGCCCGACGGGCGGACUCUGAUCGUGGGGGGCGAAGCCAGCCAGCUGAGCAUUUGGGAUCUGGCAAGUCCAACGCCGAGGAUCAAGGCGGAGCUGACCUCGUCGGCGCCUGCCUGCUACGCGUUGGCCAUCUCGCCGGACUCCAAGGUCUGCUUCAGUUGCUGCAGCGACGGCAACAUCGCCGUCUGGGACUUGCAGAACCAGACGCUCGUGCGCCAAUUCCAAGGCCACACGGACGGGGCCUCGUGCAUCGACAUCUCGGCCGACGGCUCGAAAUUGUGGACCGGUGGCCUAGACAACACCGUCAGAUCGUGGGAUCUGCGAGAAGGACGUCAGCUGCAGCAGCACGACUUCUCCUCGCAGAUCUUCUCGCUCGGUUACUGCCCCACCGGCGAAUGGUUGGCCGUCGGCAUGGAGAACUCGAACGUCGAGGUGCUGCACGCAACCAAGCCCGACAAGUAUCAGCUCCAUCUGCACGAGUCCUGCGUGCUAUCCUUGCGAUUCGCGUCCUGCGGCAAGUGGUUCGUCUCUACCGGCAAGGACAACUUGCUCAACGCCUGGCGCACUCCUUACGGCGCUUCGAUAUUCCAGUCGAAGGAGUCGUCGUCCGUACUGAGCUGCGACAUCUCGGCGGACGACAAGUACAUCGUCACUGGCUCCGGCGACAAGAAAGCUACCGUCUACGAGGUCAUCUACUGAAGUGGCGUGCCCCAGAACCACCACCACCACCACCACCACCACCACCACCUCCACCACCGAGGAUGAUAAUCUCUCUCAAUUCUCUCUUUAACCCAAUUGUACAUAUGACGCCUUCCCCUCCUUUUACCUCUACAUUGUACUGCACCACAAGCUGUCUCAUUUUUAUCUCACGCUUUCAUCUUUACUUAGUGAACAAAAAAGACGUGGUGGACGAGUGCGACGACGAGCGUUCCUGCUUAUUUCUUUUUUUCCUUUUCUUUUCUUCCUUUUAAUUUAUCGUUGCAUUGAAAUUGUGACACACGGGCAUGGGUGCACGCGCGUCGCGCUCGUUCGGUGCACUCUGUACUUCUUUCUUAUCUCGAGGGGAAGCGAAAAGAAAACGACAAAAAAAAAAUAGCAGAAAUAUGAAAGAAGUCGUCGUUUUGCAGAGUAAACUCGCGAGUUCAUUCAACGUUUGUAUGUACAUUUUGUAUAUAGCUUUUAACGUCUUAGGUACAUACUGUCAUAUUUUUCUACGUGACCCAUCACUUUUUUUGUCUUUGUGUGCGCGACGACGACGGCGAAGAUCUCCAGUGACGAAGUAAAAGCGGAUUUUCAGAUGUAAACAAAAAACAAUUAGAAGUUACACGUUAGAAAAAAGAAUUAUUAUGGAAAAAAAGCUCUGUAAAUAUAUCAUUAUGUCGAAUCGUAUAUGUAACGAUACACUUCACAUUUGCGAUAUAAAGUUUCGCUAGUGAAACGCAUACACACAUACGACACUCACACGUACACGAAAACUGAGUCUAUUACAAGUAAAGAAAUAAAUAUGACAAAAAAAAAAAGUA